AUGAACCGGGACCGGGGUUUAUCCGCGGAGAAGGAGCGCGGCGACGUCGCCGCCGCCGCCGCCGCCGUUGCGAGGAAGAAGAAGCUCGCGGUCGGCGCGCCGUACGCCGCGCCAGUCGCGAGGAAGCCGCGCGACGCGUCGUCGGAUAAUAAUAAGGAGAAUGCGAAUCGCCGCGCUCCGGCGAACGCGCGGGGGGGCGACGCGAAGAAGAAACUGAGACAUCCCCCGGUGUCGAACGCGAACGUGCGACGACCGGCGCGAAAUCGCGUUCCCGCGGGAAGGAUCGUGCGGUGGGAUAAGGACGGGAGGAAGGUGCAGUCGUACGCGCCGAUGAGAGUCCCGGGAGGAGGAGGGGGACCCGGCGGCGGAUGUGAGGAAUCGGAGCGCGGCGGGUGGCGCCCUCUCGACGAGCACUCGGAGCAAGACCGCCUCGCCGCGGAGGUGGCCGCGCUGCCGAGCAUGAUGUUCCGUAUCGACGAAGUAGCGGACGAGGAGGAGGAGAGAGACGCGUCGUGCGAUCGCGCGCCGCCGCAGCCGCCGCCGCCGCCGCCGGUGUCGAAGCUCGUCGGCGGCGUCGUCGCGAAAGGCCCGAGCGCGAACCCGCGAAGACGCGCGGACCCGCGCGGGCGGCGCGUGCAAUACUAAUAGAGAGGUAUUACGCCUGUAUUAAUCCAACGCGCACUACUGAU